GAGAGCGGUCAGUGGGUGAGGGAGGCCAGCAGCAGCAGCAGCAGCAGCAGCAGCAAUAGCCCGGUGAGUCAGCUACUUGGUCAAGCGGGGGAAGGAAGCACCACAAGCCGCCUGUCGGAGGGAGAACACCCGGAGAGGAACACUUUAACCCCGGGAGACCUCAGCGAUGCGCCGAAUAACAGGGAAAGGUGGAGAGGACAGUUUGAUAGAGAUGAGCCCGGCUGAAUCUUUCAGCGAUGAUGUUAAUGUCUAUCACCAACAGGCCUCAUCCAGUGCAGGAUCCCUGCAGCAGUCAGAGAUCGAUAAACAGAAGCUCAGCAAAGACUCUGUGUUCUUCCGAGAUGGAGUGCGGAGAAUAGAUUUCAUCCUAUCAUACGUCGACGAUAAAGAUUGUGAAAAAAAACAGGAGAGAAGAAGAAUUUAUGAAGCCAACCUUGAAAAAGCAGGCCUGGAGCUGGAGACAGAAGAUAAAUCG